GCUCUCCGGUGGCGAGGCGGUGUCCGGUUCGGUGGUCGCUCCGGGCACCCGUCGCUUCUCCUGUCGGCUCCGGGGCGCAUCCCGCGGCGGCGGGGCGCCGGGCGAGCGCCAUGAGCACCAUGUUCGCCGACACGCUGCUCAUCGUCUUCAUCUCCGUGUGCACCGCCCUGCUGGCCGAGGGCAUCACCUGGGUCCUGGUGUACCGGACCGACAAGUACAAGAGGCUGAAGGCCGAAGUGGAGAAACAGAGCAAAAAACUGGAAAAGAAGAAGGAAACCAUAACAGAGUCAGCUGGUCGACAACAAAAAAAGAAAAUAGAGAGGCAAGAAGAGAAACUGAAGAAUAACAACAGAGAUCUGUCGAUGGUUCGAAUGAAAUCCAUGUUUGCAAUUGGCUUUUGUUUUACUGCCCUGAUGGGAAUGUUCAAUUCCAUAUUUGAUGGUAGAGUGGUGGCAAAGCUCCCCUUCACCCCUCUUUCUUACAUCCAAGGGCUGUCUCAUCGGAACCUGCUGGGAGAUGACACCACAGACUGCUCCUUCAUCUUCCUGUACAUCCUGUGCACCAUGUCAAUCCGACAAAACAUCCAGAAGAUUCUCGGCCUUGCCCCGUCACGCGCUGCCACCAAGCAAGCUGGUGGAUUUCUUGGCCCUCCACCUCCUUCUGGGAAGUUCUCUUGAUCUCCAGCAGGACCUUUACUUCUUGGCAUUCUUUGUACACUCUCAGAUCUGACUGGCAACUGUUUUGCAGCAUGAGUGAUGGCGGCCUUGGUACUGGGGCCACCUUUAGUCUGGCCUCUUCUUGGCUUUCUGCUAUGGUAAGCAGGAGAGUGGCAUCAGUGAGAGGACCGUGCUUCUGCUCACAGAGAGCUUUUUUUUUUUUUUUUUUAAAUAAGUGAAUUAACUAGUUAAGUUCAGGUGGUUUUUCUGUAAUUAAAAGUAAAUGUCAUCUUUCUGUUUCCAUUUUCAUGAGCAUUUCCUGUGGGAGUGCCAUGUUCCGCAAUGGCUGGCUCUCCAGAGCAUGGAGACUGACUAAGUCUUGUAUUUUGUAAAGCCAGAACUGUCAUGAUCAAUAAAGAGGCCAGAUUUUUAGCUCUCACAUUUACAAGGAAA